CUAGCAAUUAGUUUUAGUGAAAUCAAUAAACCUCCGCUAGUUACCCUUGUGGCUGAUAUAUAAAACAUGAGUUUUAGUUAAAAUAUUAUCAGUUAAAUUCUUGAGUUAGAGACGUGAACAAUACGUAAAUACAUAAAAAUGUUCGCUAAGGUGUUGUGCUUCGCUGCCCUCGUUACGAUUGCCGUGGCUCAAUAUGGCCACGGACAUGGAUCUGCUUACUCGUCACAGCACAUCUCCCGUCACGACGGACAUCCUGAAAUCGUACAUGGUCAUGGGGGCUAUGAACACGGUCACGGUCAUGGCCAUAUCGACUACUAUGCGUAUCCCAAAUACGAUUUCGAAUACAAAGUAGAAGACCACCACACCGGCGAUAUCAAGUCUCAACACGAGAGCCGCGACGGUGACAAUGUGAAGGGUUACUACGCUCUUCACCAACCCGAUGGUUCUGAAAGGACAGUUCACUACCAUGGUGAUCACCACUCUGGCUUCCACGCCGACGUAAAAUACGAUACGCACCAUCUCGUCCCGAAACAUCAUCAUUAAGCGUUGAGGAUUAUUUACGAUAAGCGUCCUGUGAUCUUUUAACAAUAUUUUUUUGUAUUUUAUUGUAUAAAUGUUGUUAUUGAUAUUUUCUUCUUGAAUCUUGCUAAUUUAAUACUACUUUUGUUGCUGCUUUUAGUCCUUCCUUGUUGUUUCAGUUGUUACAAAGUGAUAUUGUAGGUAAAAUGAACAUGAUUGGACUCUGUAAAUAAAAUUCACUUUCUUUUAUA